AUGGUUGGCGAUAUUCAGCUGCAGGAGACGCAACAGGGAGUGGUACAUGGCCACAUCCACAACUACAACAACCUGACGUACAUCCACGGGCAUGUGCACAACAGUAGCCGGGGCGGCGAUGGGGAAGAACGGCCGCAGGCGGAGCCCGAGGGCGGCGUGAUGACCGCAGUGCAAGCCACGCGGCGGGAGAUCGACUGCUCGAAGUACCAGGAUUGCCAGCACUUCGAGUUCGUGAACUACCACAACCUGAAUCUGUUUCAGGAGCUACAGGGCGAGGCUGCGGGAGUGCCUGCGCCUGGCUCAAGAGGAUGGCAGGAUGACCUGCUGCUCCCGCAGCAGGGCGCCAAGCGCAGCAAGGGCACCUGCACACAAUGUAGCCCAAAGAUUAUGGAGAUAUGCUGCGAGCAACAGCAUGUGGCAGGCGGGGAGGGUCCCAGUGAGAUUGCUGUCUUUCAUGGCUGUCCCACAGGCGAACGGGGCGGAGAAGAUCGCUCGGGCGCAGUUGUCAACUUGCCGAAGUUCAUCAAUUGCGACUUCACAUGUCCAAGUGGCACAGCAAUGAGUCAUAUAGACUCAUCUUCUAGUACCUUGACUGUGGAAACGUCCGCCGCGGACUCCCCGACCUUGGAGGAUGGCUCCUUCGACUGGCUUUGCCAACAAUGCGUGAACUACGACUCCUGUGAAGAUACGGCUGGUCAUGAACAGCAGCACUGCCACGACCACGUGGUGAAUAGCGAAACAGACAUAAAGAUCCUCAACGAUCUCGUAAGCAUAUCCAGCAUGUACGAGGCUCCGCUCUGCAAGAAUGCAGACCAGUCCAUUAAUUUGCUCCAUUCUAGCAUAUCGGGCAUUGCGGAUACAGGUGCUGCUGUCGGCAGCAACAGCCCAACGCCAACAGCCCAGGUCAUACCGCAGGGCAGAGCACACCACCAUCACCACCACCAUCACCACCACCAUCACCGUAUCGAGCUUCACCCUCACAAGUCGCUCGAGGACGCGAUCACAAAAGGCCAGGAACGGUUCACAAGCAACGAGCGCGACCCAGUGCCAGAACAGCUUCCUGCGGAGCAGCGACGCUGCCUGUCUAUAAAUGGCACUAACACUAUAAACUUCAACUGGAACUUCAAGAGCAACGACCGCGCACUGCGCUGCCUGUGGGACGACUGCAGCGCGAUUCACCCAAAUCUGUUGGACCUGCAAUCUCACAUGCUCAAAGACCACAUCUCCGGCAGCGCCGCGGACGCCGACUUUCCAUGCCGCUGGAAGGACUGCGACUUUCUGUCGGCAGACACGGACUCCCUGAUCAACCACGUCAACGGCACUCACGGCAUAGGCUUUGACAUCCAGUUUCUCGACGACAAGGCGCUCCAGCUGCAGAACUGCAACCACUGUGAGACCCACUGCUCGUCAAACGCCAUCGAACCUUCUGCGGACGGCACCUUCCGUUGUCUCUGGGGCUCCUGCACAGACUGCUUCUCCUCGCGCCAAGCGCUCAACGACCACAUCGUCUCGAGCCAUGUGCCCUCUGGCCGCUCCGCAUACCAAUGCAACUGGGCUGGCUGCACCAAGCACUUUACACAGCGCCAGAAGCUUUUGCGCCACAUCAAGGUACACACCGGCCACAAGCCCUGCAGCUGUCCACACUGUCCUAAAACCUUCUCUACCGACGACAUCCUCGCCCAGCACAUCCGCACGCACUCCGGCGAGCGGCCUUUCCAUUGCCACUACUGCCGCAAGCAGUUUAGCACGUCCAGCUCUCUACGCGUGCAUAUCCGCACCCACACAGGCGAGAAACCUCUUUCUUGCACGGUUUGCGGGAAGCGCUUCAACGAGUCAAGCAAUCUCAGUAAGCAUAUGAAAAUCCACGAGCGUAAGUACAUGUGCAAGCUCUGCAAACGCAGUUUCGACCGCCUGCCGCAGUACAACUCUCACGUUGCGAAGUGCGCCCGUCUUCGACUCGCAAAGCCAUCCAUUGAGCGUUUGUAA